CAUACUUCGAGAGCCCGGAGCCACACGAACCAAGCCCCGCCACACAGACGCAGAGACGCUAGAUAGAGAAUCCUGCUAUGGCCUCUGCGCUCAUGCUCAUCUCUCACACCAAUCUCUCUCCAUCUUCUCCUGCCCUAGUUUCUUCAUCUUUCACACUUAAUCCUCUCUCUUACGUCCACACACUCGAUUCUAGAACCAGAAGUCCUUCUCCGUCGCUGACGGCAAAAUCGCUCUCAGUCUCAGCCUCACAGCGUGCUCUGGAGGCUCUCAUUUUCGACUGCGAUGGCGUAAUCCUAGAAUCAGAGCAUUUGCAUCGGCAGGCCUAUAACGAUGCUUUUGCGCACUUCGAUGUACGUUGCCCUUCUUCUCAACAGCCUCUCAAUUGGGGCUUGGAUUUCUAUGAUGAGCUCCAGAACCGCAUCGGCGGUGGAAAGCCCAAAAUGCGAUGGUACUUCAAGGAGCAUGGAUGGCCGUCUUCCACAAUAUUUAAUACACCUCCGGAGAAUGAUGAGGAUCGUGCCAACUUGAUCGACACUCUUCAGGACUGGAAAACUGAAAGGUAUCAAGUAAUCAUCAAAUCUGGAACUGUGGAACCCAGACCUGGAGUUUUGCGGCUCAUGGAUGAGGCAAAAGCUGCAGGGAAAAAGCUAGCUGUUUGCUCUGCAGCAACUAAAAGUUCUGUUAUAUUGACUCUUGAAAACCUUAUAGGAAUCGAGCGCUUUAAAAGUCUCGAUUGCUUCCUUGCAGGUGAUGAUGUCAAGGAGAAGAAACCUGAUCCAUCAAUUUAUCUGACAGCUGCCAAGAAGCUAGAUGUAUCGGGAGGAGAUUGUUUGGUGGUGGAGGAUAGUGUCAUUGGGCUAAAGGCAGCAACAGCAGCUGGGAUGUCAUGUGUAAUAACCUAUACAUCUUCAACAGCUGAACAGGACUUUAAAGACGCUAUAGCGAUCUACCCAAACUUGAACGAUGUCAGAUUGAAAGACUUAGAGCUACUGCUUGAAGACGUUGUUGCUGCCAGUUAGGAAUUGAGCUCAAAUCUUUGCAAUUUAUGGUAAGAGCUUGUGCAAUCUUUUAAAAUUUUAUGCUUUCCAGUAAACAUUGGCUGAAGAUAUCACUAUUGAAAGGAAUAAUGUAUAUGUGGAUACUUAUGCGCGGUGUGGGGACAUUGGAUUGGAGCUUGAUUUUGAUGUUGAUCACGAUCAAUUGACGAGUCUUGUGACGGAAAUGUUGGAGGGAGAUUGAGGGGAGAGAGUGAGGAAGAAUGGAUGAGAAAGGCAGAGGAAGGUGUGGGGAUUGGAGGAUCGUCUUACAAUAAUUUUAUUAGGCUCUUGAAGGAAGUUUUUCAUGUUCGAAACUCAAAUUUGAGAAUGGUAAGAAAGUUAAAAAGUCGAGAAUGAAUUUAGACC